GUCCGUUUAGUAAAAUACUGGCCGAUGUUCGGUCAUACGCCACUUAGUGUAAUCGCGUGUAAGAACUGGCGAUUAAAAUAACCUCUCUUUCUUCAGUAAGGAGUUUGUUUUACUUUCAUUACCGAAGAUUGUAAUUGUGCACAGAUACAAGCGGUGGUUAUUGGAUUAAAAAGUGGACACGGUUUUUAAGCGGGUGUUUAACUCGUAACUCUUUACAUUGAUCGUCAUCUGCUCAUGUUUUUGCAGGCAUAGUGAUUAGAAAACUGUUUCGUUUGAAAAUUAAGUGGAUCGGAAUCUGUUUUAUUGUUUUGAAGACUUGGAUUACCUAUUUCUGAAAAUCCGGUUUUGUCGUUUUGUCAUAACAAGAGCAGUGUCGUCAUGAAUAACGACCGGAAAGACGUAACAAAGCUUCAUAGCCGCCGUAAGAGGGCGCUGCAGAGCGUGAAGAGCCAACUGUCGGAUGUUGACUUGUGGAGGUCAUCAGCUGCUGAAUUUCUUGCUACUUUCAUCUUUAUUUUUAUUGUGUGUCUUAGCCAUAUGAUGGCGCCUUCCACUGCAGCAAAUACCGCGUUAGACGCGCGAUCGAAACAACUCAUCUCCUAUGCUUCUGACCCGUUGCAGACAAGCGUUGGGAUCGCGCUGACAUAUGCUACGUUAAUUCAAUGCUUCGAGAAGAUCAGUGGGGGUCAUAUGAACCCGGCGGUGACCUUUGCCAUGGUGAUUGCCGGUCACAUGACCGUGGUCAAAGCUGCAGUGUUCUGCCUGGCUCAACUUGGUGGAAGUUUUACCGCCGCUGCACUUUGCUAUGGAAUGUUUCCUUCGGAAAAUCAACAAAUGAACGCCGUAUCUCGACUUCACGAAGGGCUGGAGCCUCUCCAGGGUUUUGGAAUCGAGGUUUUACAGUCAGUCGUUCUCAUCGUCACGUGGUUAGCAACAUACGCGACCAGCCAAUCACAACUCGGAUCGUCCGCUAUCCCUGUGGGAAUGGCUUACCUCGCGAACACUUUGUGGGCGGGUCGUUUAACCGGGUCAAGCAUGAAUCCAGUAAGAUCGCUUCCACCUGCCCUACUUUCCAAGUACUACACUAAUCUAUGGGUUUACAUUGCCGGGCCGAUAAUUGGUUGCUCUGUUGGUGCUGUGCUGUACACUUAUGUGUUUGUGACACCAGACCGCAAGCCUAGAGCUCGAAAGUUGACAGAAUCAGGAAGAAGCGCAGAAGGUGAAUCUGUCCGGAGCGAACAUGAUGCUCAUGAGUUGAUGCCAUUAAACCACAUAACGCCACGCCAUACAUCAACCAGCAUUGUACCAACAGAAGCAUUGAGUCAACGAGAUGAAGGGGUCACGUUGGUGCGAGCCCAGCACCCAGCUUACUACGCAACAAUGUCGCAGAGAUCUGACGUCACACAGGCGCUAUACGUGCAGGUCCCGACAUCACAACAGCAGCCGCAGCAAUUUCAACAAAUUUACCAACGCCAACCGCCACCGGCAACUCCGCACCAAACUAUGGUGGCCACGACUCCACGCCGAAUGAGCACUCCUGGUUUGCAGCCAUUGCGGUACCAGACGUCGAGCGCUCCCGUGACAAGAACACCGUCACGACCAUCUACGCGACCCAGCACCGCAUGUAGUAUGCCCAUGACGCCUAUGAACCGAACCAAUCAAAAUUUUGAGACGUCCGGUAGACACUCCCGUUGUGACGUUGGUACACCAGCAACGUUUCAAGAUUGUUCAUCCACAAAUGUUUUAAUCGACAACAGCGUUUUAUAGCCUUUGGUUGUUGUUUUUUCAUAAACCUUUCUUAAAGUUCA